CAUCAACUCAAUUUAUCUUCAUUCAUUUUUAGAAUUUAAUAUUCUUCAAACCAGCUGAAGGAUUUUGCAAUGUCGAGUGGCUUAGGGUUUGUGCACCAGUGCUCAAAUCCGCUGAUAGCGCUUCGAUCGCCGAGACGCUCCACCCCCAUCCCUGCAAGGGGGUUGAUCGUGAGCAGGGGCAUUGCUUGCCGCUUGAAGGCAUUGAAGUCUGUUCCAAAUUCAGACACGGUUGUGGCAGCUGAUGAGAGUUAUGGGCGUAAGGAAGUUAUUAGUGUGAAUCCCCGGCUGUAUGACUACUUAUUGGCUAAUACUAGAGAGCCUAAGAUACUGCGUGAGCUCCGAGAGGAAACUGCUACUAGGCAUGGCAGCCAGAUGCAGGUAUCCCCUGAUCAAGCACAGCUUCUUGCAAUGCUUGUCCAGAUUAUGGGAGCAGAGAAGUGUAUCGAAGUUGGUGUCUACACUGGUUACUCAUCCCUUGCAGUUGCUUUGGUGCUACCAGAAGGAGGUCAGCUGGUGGCAUGCGAGAGAGACGCAAAGUCUCUAGAAGUUGCACAGAGGUACUAUGAUCGUGCAGGCGUUUCAGAAAAGGUGAUUGUCAAACAUGGGUUAGCAGCUGAUACUCUGAAGUCCUUGGUUCAGAAUGGUGAAGCUAGCAGCUAUGAUUUUGCUUUUGUUGAUGCUGAGAAGAAAAUGUACCAGGAUUAUUUUGAAUUGCUACUGCAACUGGUGAGAGUCGGAGGUGUUAUAGUGAUGGACAAUGUCCUCUGGCACGGAAGGGUCGCUGAUCCACUGAUAAAUGACUCGAAGACGAUCAGUAUCAGAAACUUCAAUAGAAAAUUGAUGGAGGAUGAUCGUGUAAGCGUGAGCAUGGUUCCCAUUGGUGAUGGAAUGACCAUUUGUCGGAAAAGAUAGAGCUUAAAUGCUACCACUGUUUUGCUUAUCUACAAAUGCAUCCACCAGAGUUUUCAAGUUAACACACGCCAGGUUCAGUCAUGGAUACCUAAUUACCUAAGACCAAUGGCUCGACAGCUUCGUAGAAAGGUGAAGUAUUGGAAUGCACAAGGUGCGAAACCAACAAGCAUGAGAAAUAGCUGAGGAUGUGAUGAACAAGGAGAAUCUCUUGUGCGAGGUUCAAGCUUUGUCCGACUAAUUCCUAAGGGCAAUCGAGCAAAGUGCAUAUGAACGGCGGACACAAAAAAAUGUUGGUAGGAGGCGGGAGCUCAACUAUUUUUGCACUAGUAAUUUUUUAGACAUUAGUUCGUGAAGGACUGAAGACAAUUUUUAUUAAUUUCCAUAAAUUAUUUUUUUUUAAAAAAAACAAAAUAAUUGGUAGCCCCAACUCCCCCCAUACUGUGCCCCACAUGGCUGUAUGUAGUAUUUGGGUUGAUAUCAUAAAUUCCACCAACUACUAUGUGGAAUUUAUGUGUGAGUCUAUAUCCAGCUAAUUGGUGCUAGACUUUGG